CCAAACCAUCAGAGCAUACAAUCAGCAUACAACCAAGCAUCCAGCGGGACAAUAACCUUGAAAUCAACCGACAAUGUCAAACGCUCACAGACCCACCUUCGACCCCGCUCGUGGCCGCUCCGAUCAAGCCCCGACACGUAUCUAUGCAUCGCGAAUGUUGCCGAAUCAUACUCAACUUAAGUUCAGAAAACAGGGACAAGGUUCCUCGACAGAGCUGCAACAGAAAGAUUUGAAGGCGGAGUUGUUGAGGGCGGAGGAGGAGGCGAAAGCGAAAAAGAGUGGAAAGGCACUUCCCGUGGAUGAUCCCGCACCAGCACUCGCGAUUGCGCAAUCAGGGACGGAGAAGCAUGCCUUAACGGAAGGAGACGAGGAGGAAGAAUCACCAGAAGCCAAGAGAAGACGGAUAUUGGAGGAGUCGAAAGACCUCGAUGCGGAUGAUUCGGACGAGGAAAAGGACGAUGAGGAUGACGAACACGAUAGCGACGAAGACAGCGACGACGACGACGACGAAGACGAGACAGCAGCCCUCCUCGCCGAACUCGCCAAAAUCAAAGCCGAACGCGCCGCCGCCGCCCAAAAACUCGCUUCUGAAAACGCCGCAGCCGAAGAUGACGCUCGUGUCGAAUCCAUCGCGCUCGGAAACCCUCUCCUCAACCCCGAUAGUUUUAAAGUCAAGAAAAGGUGGGACGAAGAUGUCAUUUUUAGGAAUCAGGCAAGAGGGGCGGAUUUGGAUGGGAGGGGAGGGAAGAAGGGGUUCGUCAAUGAUUUGUUGAGGAGUGAGUUUCAUAGGAAGUUUAUGGGGAAGUAUAUCCAUUAGGCGGGUGGGAUUUGAAAGGGAAGAAG